CUCGCAGUUCGGCCUUCCCCCGUUUCUUCUCCUCUCUCGAUUCCAAAGGGGAGGAGCAGGGAUCCGUCAUCUUCGAUCUCAGACCCUCCACCGAUCUCGCGCGAAGCCUCACGGUGAAUCACACCUGGACGACCUCAGCCACCGGCUCCAGUCUUCGCCAUGAACCCGGAGUAUGACUAUUUAUUCAAACUUUUGCUCAUUGGAGAUUCGGGUGUUGGAAAAUCAUGCCUCCUCCUAAGAUUUGCAGAUGAUUCUUACCUGGAAAGUUACAUUAGCACUAUUGGAGUUGACUUUAAAAUUCGCACUGUUGAGCAAGACGGGAAGACCAUUAAGCUUCAAAUAUGGGAUACUGCCGGGCAAGAGCGUUUCAGAACAAUCACGAGCAGCUAUUACCGUGGUGCCCAUGGUAUCAUUGUGGUAUAUGACGUGACAGAUCAGGAGAGUUUUAACAACGUAAAGCAGUGGUUAAAUGAGAUUGAUCGAUAUGCGAGCGACAGCGUGAAUAAACUUUUGGUGGGGAACAAGUGCGAUCUUACCGCGAACAAAGUUGUGUCAUACGAGACAGCCAAGGCUUUUGCUGAUGAAAUCGGUAUCCCUUUCAUGGAAACCAGUGCUAAGAAUGCUACUAAUGUGGAGCAGGCAUUCAUGGCCAUGACUGCUUCCAUCAAGGACAGGAUGGCCAGCCAACCAGCCAUGAACAGUUCCAGACCACCAACAGUGCAAAUACGUGGACAACCUGUCAACCAGAAGAGCUCCUGCUGCUCUUAGGCUCUUCUUCCUAAGUCUUCUGACUGGCAUGUAGCAAUUACUACUACUACUACUACUACUACUACUGCUCAGAUUGAUUGAUACUCUUCUAAGUCCGUUCUUGGGAACGGUGAAUCACUAUUCCAUUCUUUUUCCUGGUUAUUAAGCUUGUAGGAGUUGGGUAUUUGGUAACAUAAUCUGUUUGGCUGACGACUCAGCUCUUGAUCGUGUUCGUCUCUUGUAAUACUCAGACAGACAUGGCAACAAAACCGACUUCAGAUCUUUUGUAA